AUGGACGAGGAUACCGCUCUUCUUACUCCUGAAACAAUGCGGACUCCUCUGACGGACGCUUCAGCAAGAGUAAACAAGUGCCUUGCCCCGAUUACAGAGCGAGACGAGCCACUGAGACAACCACAGCAACAGAUGACAUCGCCGGUGCCGAUGUCCAUUGUGACAAGUCCUCUGUCUGCAAAAAAUGCCGAUAUCAAUUGCAGCACCCCGGCUCCUGACUCUCAGCCAGGAACGAACCGCAAUUCUACAAUAUCAGCGGCGUCAAUAAUCUCCAACCAAGGAAAGAGGAAGACACACGUGGGACCAUGGCAACUUGGAAAGACCCUCGGCACUGGGGUCAGCGGCCGCGUGAGACUGGCGAAGCAUUCGGUAACGGGGCAAUUGGCUGCAAUCAAGAUCGUAUCAAAGAAAUCCGCCGCCAUAACGCAGAGCGCGAGUAUUGCAGGAAUGGAUAAGAGGGCUAAUCGCAUGGGAGGAAUAGGGCCGCGGCAGAUUCCAUCCGGGCUGGAGCGCGAGGUUGUCAUCAUGAAGCUGAUCGAACACCCGAACGUGAUCAAUCUUUAUGAUGUAUGGGAGAACCGGGGCGAAUUGUACUUAGUAUUAGAAUUCGUGGAAGGGGGCGAAUUGUUUGAUUACGUCUCUGAAAACGCGCCUCUUAGAGAGGAAGAAGCAGUACGAAUAUUCUGUCAGAUAAUCGCUGGCCUGGGAUACUGCCAUCGCUUCAAUAUUUGUCACCGAGAUCUAAAACCGGAAAACAUACUGCUUGAUGGACAGGGUAAUGUCAAGCUCGCGGACUUUGGAAUGGCUGCUCUUCAGCCGUCGCAUCGCUGGCUUGACACGUCUUGCGGAAGUCCACAUUAUGCUGCUCCGGAGAUCGUCGGAGGAAAAAGAUACCUAGGUGACAAGGCAGACAUAUGGAGCUGUGGCAUAAUCUUGUAUGCAUUACUGACGGGUUUUCUUCCCUUCGAUGGAGAUGACACCCAUCGCACGCUAGAGCUGGUGAGGCGUGGGGAGUUCAAAAUCCCUCCCAAUAUUAGCCGUGAAGCAGCAGACCUCAUCAUACGCAUAUUGGAGAAGAACCCGGACCAUCGAAUCAGCAUGAGCGAAAUUUGGAGACACCCUUUGAUUAGAAAGUACGAGAAGCGCUACCAAGGGGCAGUGAACUAUCAUAUCGGCCCUGCUCCGCCGAUUAUGCCUGAAGACUGUGGCCCGCCAAUCAACAGCAAGGAAGACGUCGACAUCGACCUUCUGAGGAAUCUCCAGACACUAUGGCAUGAUGCUACUCCAGAAGCAAUACUGAAGAGAAUCUUAGACCCUACUCCAAGCCACCAACGCCUAUUUUACAAUGCUUUGGUGAAAUUCAGAAAUGAACAGUUAGAGAAUUAUCAGGGACAGACCCUCGAGCAUUCGGCCAGCGACUAUCACCAUAUAUCAGUGCCGCCGCGUACACCGAGUCGCCGGACUCGACGUGCGAAGGGCAGCUCAGCGAAGUGGUCUCAGUUCCCACCCGUGAGAGAAACAGGAAUAAGAACAAAGUAUAAUGAGGAGCCGAAGUCUUGUGCUACGGUGCGGAGCUACGACCCGUUCAGGUCGCCACAAGGCAAAUACCCCCCGAGAGAAGCGAAGUGUGCGAAGAUUACAGUCUACCGCAAUGGACUUAUUGUCGAUGUUGAUAAGACCGUGAAAGAGCCUUCAGAAACAGCUCCCCAACCGAGGCCAACUGCAAAAAACGACACGGAUAACGAGGUUCCCGAAUGCCCGCCAAGCUCACCUUUCGUGGUCAUGCGUGACAAGCGCAUGAAGGUCAAUUCUGUCAAAUCAUUCCAUUCAAAAACAUCGUUAUCGGGUUCUCGUCGGGCUUUAUAUGUCGCAUCAACCCCUCGUUCUGCCAGCUACAAACGCAAUGUAUCCUUCCACCACAAAAGAAACCGCUCGCAAGGCUCAGUAUCCGCCAGAGCGAGGCCACCCCGGCCGAAAGUCCGCAACAUCAGGCUUGAUGCAAGUGAAAGCACUGUAGUGUCUGAAUUUGACGAUGAUCCAUUUUCUGACGCACAAGAGAGCCCAUCGUUGCCCGCUCAGCCUACAGUUGUGCGGGGAGCUGGUGUUACAAUCAGGAAUUGUCCUCAGAUGAAGAAGGUGCGAAACAGUGAUAUCAUUUGGAAGGAUGAUGCGCGAAAAGUGUCCUAUGAACUUAGUCAAAUAUGCGAGGAGGCCUUCAACGGCAGCUCACUGUCCACGAACUGCACCGCCAGCACAUGCAUUGGCUCCGAGACGCCUGCGACAUCCGUGUCGAUCGCCAGUCCUGAGGUAUCUCAUCAACAGCUUGCCUCCAAAGGACACUCAGCCAUACGCACAGCACCUCCAGCCGCAUCGUCGCCUCGGUCAUACACAGCUGCAGAGCUUACUGAAACCCGUCGUAAGCUGAUCCAACAUUCGUCUAGAGACGACUCAGGAAACAUCCCCGGCUACUUGAAGCCGAUCAUAGCACACCUAGAUCGCCUGAUCGAGCAGGACGAAACGAAAAAACAAGAGAGGCGGGAUCAUCCCCAAUCUUAUGCCAGUGCGAAGAGUGAGCAAUUUGUCCGGCCUUCAAGCGAAACCCCGCAGCCACCAGAAGCACAGAAAAACCCGGAUAAUGCGCCGGAGCGUCAAAGCAAUGCUGGCUACAAAGCAGGAGACCAGGGGACAGCCUUGCAGUCAACUCCUCGGAAGCAUCCUGGCCGCUCCAACCGUGAUGGAAAGAGAACUGUACGCAUGGUGCCUCAUAGUUCCCUGCAGUCGAUGGAACCGACCAGGGACUUGAACAUUCGAAAGAAACGCAGUUCUAUCCCCGAAGACAUUCCAGAGACACUAGACUUGUGUACACCGGAAGUUGAGAACGACCAGGCUGCAGCAUCUACACGCAAGUUCGCUUCCCUUAAUCCCGGCCAAAGUCGGGGCCCUUGCGAACUGGACCCUAUUGAAGAAACGCCAGGAUCACCCCGACGUAGCGGCACUCGUUCUUCAGACAACAAGAAAUGGUCGUGGUUCCAGAAUAAACAUCAGCUGGCAGGGGAGCACACUACAAGAGAAUGUUCGGACAUCCCACAAAUCCAACCAAGUUCAGCGACUGUGAUCAGACACCACCAAGAUGACUCGAGAGGGGCGAAAGCCAAGACCCAGCGAGAAAGCCAGUCGAGUGGAAAGGCAUCUCGGACAAAGCCCAAGGGCGGGUUCUUCAGGAGACUAAUACAUAGACGAGCAAGCAAGGAUGCUCAGAACCAUGAUACAGGAUUCGACGUGACAGACGCGAACGUCUUGCUUCACCACAAUCCCGAGACUGCCAACACAACAGACACUGAAUAUGACGGCAAACCUCUUCCACCUCCCCCACGCGGUGGGGGGAAGAGCCAGAACUGGUUUGCUCGCGUAUUUCAACUCAAGCCUGCUACUCGAGUAAUAGCACUCAACACAUCAACUACCAAAGCUCGGAAAUACAUCCAUAAGACCAUGCGUGAGUGGAAGAAAUGGGGUAUGGAGGAUGUUUAUCUUGAUAAGGAUAAACGGGUUAUCUACGGAAGCGUGGGUGAAGUCAAUCUGCUGAAUCUUCGACCGGUCCAAUUUUCCGCUGAAUUCUGCACUUACCUAGAACAAGGUAGGCAGGAGAACCUCAGCCUUGUCCGCUUCAAGCAAGAGCGCGGAGCAGCAUCGUCCUUCCACAAGGUGGUCGACACUCUCUACCUCCUCAUGAAGGGCCAGCACAUGCUCAUGGAAGAUCCGGCACGAGCAAAAGAGAUGGUUCGAAUUCUGGACGACUACCCGAACCCUUGAAUAUCAGAACAGUCUUACUUAAUACCCUCUUCGUUCCCAUCUUCGUCUCAAUCCCUUAACUGUCUGGAAUAUCAUGACCCACCCAACCGCUCGGCCCCUCCAAAUCUCACUGCAUAUACCCUCAAUCAACCAUUUUCAGGACUUCAUGUUCAUAAUCUCUCUCUCCUUCCCUCACCCUCCCUACAAGUCGGCCUCGUCCAGUUCCAAUUCAUAUGCCAUCUAUCCAAAACACUCGCUUGGUGAUGAUUCCUCCUUGACUAUCGCUUUUGUCAUUCCUUCCUGAGACACUCUUUCGUG